GUGAUGGUUCAUACUGAAUGUCCCUCUCCCCCCUCCCUGUCUCUCUUCUGCUGCUCUUACCUAAUAUAAGCGAUAUAAAGCCCCCAAAACGAUCAGAAGGGUUUCAUCCCAUUCACAUUACACAUUCGCAGAUUUGCUGUUUGAAGCAGUGGAACAGUGUCUUUCUCACGGGAGAGCAUGGUGCAUGUGGAGGCCAUUAUUGCUCGAGCUUGAUCAAGGUAACAUGAACCUCGGAGAGGGAGAGUUUAAGCUCCUGUAACUAAUAAGAUACAACUUGUACUAAACUGAGCACUAAUAAUGUCCAGGACAGAAGGCUAAUAUUAAAAGAGACAUGUAUUGCACGAUUCAAUCGCUUUAUACAACAUGUCCUCUGCUGUAUAGCUGCUUGUUUACCGUCAGUACCAGCAGCGUCGGAUCAGUAGGAACUAAAGUGCGUGUUGUUUCUACCCGAGCAGAAAAGAUAUGAACACUCACGCAAACCGACUACCGUAGUGCAGUGAACUAACUCACAGUAUCUAGCAGCUGAUGGGUCAUGUCAGCAUGUACUCCGGUAAGUUGUGCCGCCUGAUGUUCGGGCUGUGCAGCCGGAAAGCGGCCGCAGUCCCCGGCGUGGCGCGGAGCGGCUUCAGCUGGACGGCGGUGUGCAAACAGCGGACACUGUGGCUGCAGAGGAGCGCCUGUCUGAGGAGCCAGCGACACACCGUGCCCUGUCUCACCAGUGCUCGGUCAGCCUCUACCACAGUGGAUCCCGAUGAGGUGAGGAGGUUCCAGUCACUGGCCGGCAAGUGGUGGGACGAACAGGGAGAAUUUGCGGCUCUUCACGCCAUGAAUGACCUGAGGGUGCCUUUUAUACGGGAUAAUCUGCUGAAUGUGCACAACACACGUCAUCCUGGGAAACCACUCGCAGGACUCAGAAUACUGGAUGUCGGCUGUGGAGGAGGCCUGCUCACAGAGCCCCUGGGUCGCCUGGGGGCCAGUGUGUUGGGUAUAGAUCCGGUAGAAGACAGCAUCGGCACAGCCCAGCUGCAUUCUUCCUAUGACCCGGACCUUCGUGACGUCUGCUACCGGGCCUGCACCCUGGAGGAGCUCUCGGCAGAGGAGGGGGGAGGGGAAGGCGAGCCUGGGGCGGGCAAGUUCGAUGCCGUCGUAGCGUCCGAGGUGGUGGAACAUCUGGCCGACCUGGAAACAUUCGCCUUCUGCUGCAGCCUCGUAGUGAAGCCCGGCGGCUCACUCUUCAUCACUACUAUUAAUAAAACCAACCUGUCAUACGCGUUGGGUAUUGUUGCAGCCGAGCAACUGCUGCGCAUUGUUCCCAGUGGGACGCACGACUGGGAAAAGUUCAUCAGCCCAGUAGACCUGGAGCGCCUCCUAGAGUCCAAUGGUUUCUCAGUGCAGUCUGUUCAGGGAAUGCUGUACAACCCAGUGUCAGGAGCCUGGAGCUGGACUAACAGCACUGCCAUCAACUACGCCCUCCACGCUGUCAAAGUGAGUGACGAUCCCCAGCCGGACCGGGCUGAGGGGAGCAGCGCCCACCCAGAGGACCACACUGCAGCCUCACACAGCUGAGCUAAACACCUGGAGGACAAGGCGAUGCAGACGUGCGGAGUCCUAACUUCCCUGUGGAAGACUGAGGUCACUGUAGGAAAGGGACAAACAGCCUUGAGACAGAAUUAGAGAUGUUCUGCCAGUGCACUCAGAAUAAGGUUGCAUUGUGUUGUUACAGACUGUUUAACGAGUGUUUGAUGAGCUGUACAAAGCAACUGUACAUCCUCUAAUCACAUCAUUUUCAGUAAUCACUGUACUGAAUCAGCUUUAUAUUUUAGCUUGAAUAGACUGCCAUAUCCUCUAUUAAAGUUGUCCUCUCAUCGGCUGCAUUU